AUGCGCAAGAAGUCGGCCUUUGAUCUUCUCAAUUGGCGUGCAGAGUGCCACAUCAGAGAAGGCGCCGAUGGCAAGGUUUACAUCCGUGGGGAAACUGAGAAGCUCCAGGACGGCAAAGUCAGGGUCUGCCCAAUCGUUAAGCAACCCUGCUGGACCUAUGAUUCUUUCCGCCAGGAGCUGACUCGGGCCUUUGGCCGCCGAACCGUAGGCUCAUCGACUCUUCACGACCAGAGCUCCAGGACUCACGCGAUUUUGGAGUUAGAAGUUAUCUGCCAAUCACUAGUAGACGCACGUCAGGCUGUCAUAGAGCGACAAUCAGAGUUGGUCCCUGUGGGCAAGCGUGCGACCGACGUCAACCUGGAAGAGCAGUACAAGGGCCUCAUCGCCCUUCCGGACGGCGGAUGGGCAUACAACCCAGAUUACAAGAUCAAUCAAGAGCGUAUUGAUGCAGCCGAAGCCGAGAAGGCUGCCUGCGAGGCAAAGGUUGCUGCUGCAGAAGCGCUCGUAGAUGAGAUUCUGGAGUUGAGUGCAUCUCCCUGCCUGGGUGCCAAGAUGGUAUUUGUCGACCUUGCCAGUGCUGAGUAUCAACAAGAGAAGGGGAGCGCUCAACCUCAACUGACCAAGCAGACCCCUCAAGAGCGCCAGGAAGGUCGUCAGAUUAAUACCGACCUCCUAGCGCUGAAGGAGGUGAUGAGGGCCUGGUCUAAAAAUCAACCGAGAAUACCAUUCCGGUCGUCGGCACUGACCACGGUGCUUCGCGAGCAUUUCUCGAGUUCGGAAAAAGGGAAUUCCGCCAUGAUCGUCACCGUCUCGCCUGCGAUGGAACAGUAUUCUGCGACACUGAAUUCUUUGAAAUACGGAAGUCUGGUUGGCGUUGCACACGCAUAG